UUAGGUGAAGUGAACACGCCAGGAUGAACAUUAGCCGCUACCGUCCGAUUCUGUACCUACAGUGUCUAUUCCUUGGUGUCGAUCUGUUUGUUAACGCUUUCUCAGAGCUGCUACGAAUUGCCAAUGUUGUUCUUCUAGUCAUGUUUGUGAUCCAAGACAUGUGUCUUAUUUUUGCGAUCAUUGUGACGUUUUUAAUGUUCUUCACCACAUACGUCUUCCAAGCAGGACUGAUCCACGUGCUUAUUCGCAAGUUCAAGACAACAAUCAUCACUGCAUUCAUCUAUUUAGGUCUAUCGAUAUCACUGCAUAUCUGGACAAUGACGCUGCGAUGGACAGACACAAAUACUUAUAUUUGGACUGCUGGUUAUCAUACUCUCUACAUAAUACAAAGAACUGGUGCUGCUUUCCACUAUUACUUCUACAAGCGGACAUCUCUGAAACUUUCCGACCCCAAAUUUUACGAGGAAUCGGAUUGGAUUAAAUCUGAGUUUGCUAAGCAAAGGUAGCAGCAGUAAACACAAUUUUAUACAAUUCUUGAAAAAUGUGUACAUAGCAUUCCAACUUUUCAUUAGAGAAUCCUUAUCAUGACAACAUUUCAAAAAGUACAUUGCAUAUAUAUAUGAGUGUGUUUGUAUAUUAUUAUAUAACCAUGAACGUUUUUUGAUUUCACAUUGUUCAAUGUAAUAUUUCAUAUCAAUCCGUCCUAUUAGCACUUAUCAAUACUUGCUCAGUUUUGUAACACAUUUUUUGUUGCAAAACUGCUGAAUCUCAUGUAGUCAUAGAUGUGCUAUAUCUAUUUAUCUGGGAAAAAGUGCUAAAAGUCCUAGAAGUCAGAAAUGGUUUUAUGUAAAGUUUAGUUAAUUGUUUUAUAGUUAUCUUUGCAUUUGACCUUGACACAAGAAUCGGUUCUAUUGGCCAUGUACAUCAUUUUUGUACGACAUGCAUUUAUAAUGUAAUAUUAAAAAACAUUGAAUGUUUACCACGAAUUACAUAUCAAUGCAA